AUGGUGCUCACAAAGGCCUGGCUUUCACGCCCUCUACCUCGCUUUCCCUCUCUUGUCACAUCCAUCCGCGUACUUGUGCUCCAUCACCACCAACUUAUACGUGUACUCGAACCCACUUCGAGAGGAGGAAAGGGAAGCAGCGUAAAUCACGUGACGCACACCUCCAGCAGCAGCAGCAACGGCAACUUAUCGGUCUCUCUCCACCACCUCCAAGACGAAAAGGGGAAGAAAAGCGCAAAGCAGUCAUCACAUGUGAUACCCUCACCACUGCUCCCCCUUCACCCACGUCGUCCCCUCCCCUCUUUCGGGUACGGCCCCCUACCUACAAGCUUGCAGACACCCGGUAAGGCAGGCUUACACCUACAUCCUCUUUGCUGUUGCUUUGUUUUCUCUGUGUGUCGUGCUUGGCCACUUUUGAUUGUGCUUUUCGCUUGCGUUUACACCCUGAUCAGCGCAAUGUCCAUCAGCAGCUCCGUCACCUACGCACUCCUGUGCGUGUACUACGCCUGCCGUACCGUGCUUCUCUUCAUGGUGGAGACAGUCUUGUUCCUGCCCACGUACUACCUUGUGGAACGGCACGAUACACCGAGCGCGUGGCUGGGACGGCGCGGAGAGGCGCAGGUGCAGCCAGUGCUGUCAACCGCAUACCAAUACCAGAAGGCGGAAGAGUGGGACGCGUCAAUCUACAGCAACACCGCGGACAUCGUGACGGUGGGUGCGCGCGCAACACCGCUGGAAAGCAGUACGCGAGAAAUGGAAGACAGCCGCUGCAUCCUCUCGCGCAAAGCUGUGAGCCGCAUUCGGUCUCUUCACACAGCAAACGAAUGUACGUCGCGGUGGUGCCCGCAGGUGCCGCGCACUGCUAACCCGUCCUCCGUCACGUACCCGACUGGUACGCCACAGCAGCGUCCACAGCAACAGCGCUGGCAACUGUUCCCCAGGUUGUAUAGUCACCCGCCACCGGGGAUUCCGCAAAGCAGGUACGAUGGAGGUGGUGGUGAUGACGAUAUGAACGACUCCGCGGGGUCGUGUUCGAGCUACACGUUGGCCAACACGCCACUCGCAGCUACCCUGCAGCCCCCCCUCUCUAUGACCAUCGCAGAGGCUUCUGGGUGGCAUGACUGCAGCUCAGGGGGCGAAAUGGUGCCGAUCAGCCUCCUGAGCAGCCCCAUGCAGCGCUCUCAGUUCCCUCGGGGGAAGCGUCACUACAGCGGUGUCCUCGAUGAAGAGGACACUGCGUAUACCAGCUUCAACGGGCGACUCGGCUCCCUUGUACGCGAUGUCGUGGAUGGCGAAUAUCAGCAGCCGUACGUCACGAACGCAUUCUUCGAUGGUCUGGCUGUAAAAGUAUUGGCCUCAGCUCAGCAGCAGGAGCAACAGCACCUUUCAGCUGCGCUGCGCAAGCGGGUUGACAACACCGAGGCAGACCUCUCAGCUCGGUGGGGCCACCGACAGUCUGGAGCUGCUUCACGAAGAGCCACUGCUCGGACCGCGUCCACAUCGAUAUCGGCCGCUACUGCUCGAGAGCGCCUGUGUGCAACGGUGCCGGGGUGGUGCACUGUCGUCUUCCACUCUCCAACACAACGAUCGGCUACUCGCGGAAGUCCGGUGGAGGAGGCAUCAUCGACUUUUCGUGGUCAGUACGGCUUUCUACCACCCUGGUACGCAGUUCACGCCCGCGCGCAGUUACUAUUGGCACUUGCAGACCCGCUGCUGCGCAUUGCGGCGGAGCUGCUGUGCUGCCGAGGUUGGGGAAUGCGGACGCUGUCGUCUGUGGCGCCCUCGGAGAGAAUCAGUGAGCUGAGUAGCCUCGCCACAUGGUGGGAUGCCGGCGCUUUUCUUCUUCGGCCACUCCUCCUGUGCUUUCGCGCACUGCGUUGCCUUUUCUACGCGACUGUGGGCCGACUUGAUGCGGCAGUAUCGCCCCACUACUCGACGCGUAGGAGCGCAUCGCCGACCUCGCUCAACGCCGCUGCCACCAGCAGCGGCGUACAUCCAUUCUACCGUCUCGAAGGUGCUGUGCAAACUCGUAUUGAUCGCUAUAUCGCCGACACGCACCGCAUCUUCGAGCCACUGCACACCCAUGCGGCUGCGACGACGACGGUACCGUCUAUGUCGGUGACGACCCACGCUGGAAGCAGCAUCACACCCGCAGACCACGGCCUUUCACAGUCGACAACAGCAAGUGCGAAGGCCGUUGGAGCGGCACAGACCCCGGCUCAGGGAGCAGCCUUGCCUCCUCCCCUGUCCUCUAUUUCGACAUCUGCCCCGGUCUGCCGGCAGUCGGUGGGUGUGUACUGGCUGCAUGGCCGCCGGCCGCCUACCUGGACCGCUGCUUCAGCUGGGGAUCUGUCGACCAUGUCGACACCCCAGCCACCCUCUCCUGCUCCGGUGGUGGUGCUGCUGCUCUGCCCUUCUCUCCUGCAAGGAAACGGGCUGUGCCAGCACACCGUAACGCGGCUCAGUCACUUGUGUCAGCUGCUGACCCUUGCUGGUGUGUGGCAGGAUUCCUUCGCCACAGAUGAUGCAGCUGCACCUAACGGAGAGGCAGAGGCCGACCGAGCCGGUUUGCCCACUCUGCGUGGCACGGCGAUCACAAAGAUGACACAGGCGCACGAUGAAUCAACGGAUAGCGCUGAUGCCCUGCAAAGCUCCGCGCCAGGUACAGAGAAAAAGCCGGGCAACCUUGUGCUCUCUACUACCAACAGCAGCUACAGCGGAAGCAGUGAUAGCAGUGGGGCUGAGGUCAAUCACCAACCGCCGCUGCAGGUAACCCUGUCAUCACCGCCAUUGGCCACACGCCCUGUCACUAGGCCCGCCGCGCAGUGGUACGCCGCUGUGCCUGUUGUGGAGCUUCGGGUGUCUGCGACGUCACCGGAGCGCGCCGACGACGUAUCAAUGCCUCCGCUGACGCUGAAGGACUUGCGACACAUUGUUGAGCGACUGCGAGGCAACCUGGAGUCGUGCCUACCGCAGCCAACGAAAUACUCAAAGACCCCCGCGUCUACCAAAGCGGGUCGUGCGACUCGCCGUGAUUCGUUUGAUCAGUCGCCGGCGGAAGGCGCAGCCCCUAAGGUGCAAGCUACCACACAUAAUCCACGACGCGCGGUGUACAUUGUGGCGGUUGGCUGGUCGGAAGCGGCGAGCCCUCUUUUGGAGCUGGCCAUCACACAGCAGCAGCAGCAGCAACAGCAGCAGUCAUCAACAAACAGUGGCGGCAGCACCGAAGACGAGAAUGAGGACAGCUGUGGUGCGCAGACACCGGCGCGUCUUGACGGCGUUGUCUGCAUCUCGCACACGCUUUCAUCCGCCUUUCAGCUUCUCCCUCAGCAGCAUGCAGAAGCGAUGGCGCUUAAGCAACACUCGCAGACUAGACCAUUACCAGCACGGGCAGCUUGGCGUGCGUCGCAUCAGAGCGCCAGCACCGUCGGCAGCAGUAGCACCUUGAGCGCAAUAGCGGCCCCUGCCAGCUCGGCCUCAUCAGUGACGGCGAGGCUGCACGCUGCGCCACACAUGCCGCGCAUCCUCUCGAGCCUCACCACUGGGCCGGCGCGACUGCUUGUCAUGCUGACACGGAUGCAGCUCAUCGCUGACGCGCUGCUCGCCCACCGGCAGCAUCAAGAGCAGUGGCAGGGAGGCGGAGUGGCUGUGGUGGGGAAUGGGGCGAUUCCCGGAUCCGUGGGAGCGCGCCAUCGCGCAGAGGCGCACGCUGGCACGCCGCCGUCGCAGGCGGGUCCAGCGUCGGCACCUGCCCUCUCCUUAUACCGCAUUCUCCACAUUUUUCGCGAGGUUCGCGAGGAAGUAAACCGGGCACAGCGCGGCCUGGACAGAGCCACCAUCGUGUGGACCCACCAGCAACAACAUUUGCAGGCCCGUUUGGCGCAACAAGGCGCCGGCCUCGCUCGUAUCCCCUUCCCGAGCGCUGGCAACUUUUCUGCCCUAACGUCAAGGAUCAUGGACAACGAUAUCGACUCAAGGGUCACUCGUGCGGCAUCGGAAGGACAGCACUCGCUGCCGAUGCACAGGCAGCCGCCCCCACUGCCACCUUCAUCCACCUCCGUUGGUGCAUCUUCCCCAUCGGCCCCCACGGCAACUCCACAACCGCAACACACCCUUAGUCCAACGCCAUUCUCUAAAUUCGGCCGCACCACCUCACCACUGGUAUCGCUCGCCUCGAUAGCUCUGGCGGCAUCGUCAAGCGAUGUGGCAGCUGGGACCGCGUCUGAGGGCUCCACUGCGCGCGGAGGUAUUCGGUACGAUGCUGUUGGGAACGCCAAUGUACUCACUCCACCAGCCUUCAGCUCUACUGGUGGCGGCGGUAGUGUGCCGUCGUUGCUCAGUGUCGACCAAGAUACACCGCAGACUCAUGACGAGCAGCAUUCACUUUCUCGGCAUCCUCACUUCAGCCAUACAUUGCCGUUGAUCAUGCGCCAAGAUUUCUCGCAGGAGCCAUCGGUACUGUGGGGCCUGCCCCGCCUCGAGACUGUUACAGACUGGGAAGAGCUGGCGAAGUCACCAAUAAUGGCGGAGGUCCAGCAGCAGCAGCGCCUUGAGGCGGCUAACACGACGGCGAAUGACCUGCUCUCGCCACCCUCCGUCGACCCCCCGACGCUGCUCAGUUGUGGUGCGAUGCGGGUGACACCGACGUCCGCGAUCGGCAGCGGCGCCGGUGGUGGGGGCCGGCGCCGCUGCCGAUCGAAGCCAGAGGUGGGAAGGGAGGCGGAGAGACCCGCAGCAAGCGGUUCCCUUGUCACACCAUCCUCCUUCUCCGACAACCCGCUGCGCUGUGCCUGCUCGUACAUGUCUACCGAGGACGUGAUUGCCUCCUGUACACUACAGGUGGUAUCCCCGACAGCUCGGCAGGCGGCUCGCCUGCCUGUAAGCGCGGCUGCAGGGGCAGCACCAACAGCAGCCACAGAUGAGGAGCGCAGCGUCCUCGUUGACGUGCCUUCGAUGGGGUCGAGUAUGUCGCAUACCGCAGUGAGAAAUCACCACGAUUCCGCCGACAGAGAGCACGCGGCGCCGUCCCUCGCGCAGGGGAAGGCGGUCAUUGAGGCGAGCUACAACUUGGAGGCGACGCUGCCGCCAUCAGCAGACACCCUAGCAGCACAGAGCACCGCUGCCGAAGCGCCGUCGCCCUCUGUGCGGAUUGCCACCUCACACGGCGGUAACACCAGCAGCUUGGGUAUGGGGGAAACAGAAGGUAAACGUGGCAACACCGCCUCUUCUAGUGCGGGACCUAGUUCGCGGGAAGGAGUGUUGCAUGCGCCCGCUAGGUCAGCGAGGUCGCUGGUGUCACACUACGGCCCACCAUGCAACUCUCCGCCGCCGCAGCAGCAGCAGCAGCCCAUACCAUACCCGCCUCCUUCGCGGGCACUGGCGCUCUCCUCGCAGGCGGCGGCGUUAGUGGAGCUGCGAGUGCGUUCUGCUCAGCACGCAGCCCUCAUUCAGCGCAUUCGCGUUCCCACGCUGCUCGUGCACGCUCGAGAUGACCCAGUCGCCCCGACGUCGUCGCUGCCCUUUUCACUGCUGCAGGCGAACCCGUGGAUAACGACAGUGCUGACGCGACGAGGCAGCCACGCUGUCUUCAUGGAGAGUGCCUCUGAUGUGUGGCGGCGGCCACGGCUGGUGGUGACCGAGCGACUACGCCCAGCAGACACGACGCUGCCUGCCUCUGCCACGGGAAUGAUGGAGGAUAUGGUGUACUGGCCCAGCGGUGGCCUCAUCAACGUGGGCAGGGUUCCUGGCCCGAGAGGUGUGCCUUCCUGGGAUCCGCUGUCGGCCUCUGCGGCUUCACAGUGGGGCGCCGCCGAGGGAAGCGAGGCGGCGACCAGGAGCCCCCAGCCACCCGCCCCGAUGCCCGCCGCACGUCUGCAAGGGCCGCCCCCUUUUCCAGAAGAUGCAAAGAUGAAACACCUGCGCGGCAGUGGUACCAGUAGCUCUAGCACCAGCAUCAGCAACUCGUGCAGCACCGAUGACUUUUCCGACGACGAUGAUACUGGUGCUGGUGCCCUUGUUGAGUGGCUCCCUGUGAAAGACGUGAAUGCUGGUGUUCAGCAACAACAGAGCAACAAGCGGCAGUGCACGGCACCGCCAAGUCGCUCGCACCAGCAGCAACGUGUAGCCGCUGCCGCUGUCUCACAGUGGCAGGUGCGCAUCGAAGGCACCACUUGGCUAGAGCGGUGUAUUUGCGAGUACGUAGAGAAGGUUGUUCUGUGCCCGCCGGCGCCCCCCCUCUCCCCUCCCCCGAUCAGCUGA